AUGGCCUUCCAACUCUUCUCCCCUCCAAUCCUCCGUCUCGGCCUAGGUGUCGGCCUCGGUCUCUCCGCAGCAACCCUCCACCCCCUCUCCCCCUUCCGCGCAGCUCCAAUGCAAUGCCAAUACAGUGCUCCUUAUUACCGUCCCGAGUCGCAGGGCAAUGCGGAUUCCGGCUGGGCGGUCAAACCUGAAGAUCCUCUACUUCAGAAGCAGGGUCGUACUGGUAUCGCUGCCCAGGCUAAGGCUGCGUUGCUUUGUCCUGAGAAUCUGCGACAAGUAAGCUUGGGAAGUGUGCUUGGAUUGGUGGCGGGUGUUGGACUCAGGGCUUUCUCUCGGGUCCUGGUUGUUGUUCUGGGUAUGGGUGUUGUUUUAAUUGAGUGGGCCGCUUCUAAGGGGUAUAAUAUUCUUCCGCUUGAACGUCUUCAAAAGUAUGUGAAGAAUGUGGAUGUGCAACGCGCAUUAUCCUCACACCGGCCCUUCAAGAUCAGCUUUGGAGCCAUGAUGGCGCUGGCGGCAUUUGGACAGUUUUAG